UUAUACAUUUAAUGUCAAGCACUCAAAACCGCCACACCGCGUGUGCUCGAAAAAAGGACAGAGAAAAAAAAGAUUUUAAAAAGAGAGUAUUAGAUUUUUAUUUGGUUGACAUCGAAUUUACAGUGAAGAUUUAAAUAUUUUCGAUCGAAAGUAGAGUUUAUUUUUUGAAGAAAUUUUAUAGCAGCAUCGUCGGAAAACUCAAUCAAUCGAACAACAAAAAAAGCAUACAAAAUGAGUAUCUUACAAACGUCGAAAUUAUCGUAUGCGGCAGUUGUUAAAAGUCAACCAAAUAAGCGUACAAACACAACCGCUCGACCAAAGUCAUGGUAUGAACAAAUAGUAGAAUCAGAAAAAGAGACAAUUAAACGUUCGAAUUCGGUGUCAACGUUUUUCAGCGACGAUGUACGAUCAAAUAUUACUCGUCACAGCGAAGACUCGGGCCAAAUUUCCGACAUGUCUAGUGACAAUGAAUACGUCUCAGGACGAUCACAAAAUGGCAAUGAAAUCGGUAAGCGACAAAAGCGAACAGCACAAAUGGAAUUUCAGCGAAGAGAAUCGGUCGAUUCGUGCGGCACAUCGUCGAUCUCAUCAUCUCGUACAUGCUGUUCGGACCCAACGUGUACAUCGGAUCACAGUCAAUUCCAAAUGAUGUGCCAACAAUGGCGAAAUAACAAAGUCAAAGAAGAAAUCGAAACCAAUGAAGGUGUAUUGGCACGGCGACAGAAGCAAAUCGAUUAUGGCAAAAAUACCAUCGGAUACGAAUUGUACAGAAAAGAAGUGUCAACUGACCAACAAACAAAAGAUCAUCCAAAAACCCCAGACAUGCACAAAAAAUACAGUCGACGAGCAUUUGACGGAUUGAUUCGAAAAUGGCGCAAACAAUUACAUAAAUUUGAUCCAUCAUGUGUUGAUGACCACGAAGAAGAAUCAAGUGAUCAGCUACAUAGCUCAGACGACGACAAAUCAACAGAAUGACAUUGAAAAUAGACCAUUUUUUUUAAAUUUAGUUGACCCAUAUAUGUUUAAAUCAGACCAAAUUUUAGUAUUAGUAUCCAACACAAUGACUGAGAGAUAAAUGGAGAAAUAGAGUGAAUAUCAUUGAAAUGUUCAACACUGGAAUGAAAAUAUUGUAAUCAAAUUGAAAAUGUGAAAUGUAUAAAACAAAUUAGAUUUCAGGGCCAAUUUUGAAUCAAGAAUUCCUAUUUUCAGACACAAACACACCCAAUAGAAGUGAAAAUAUACUCAAAUAAAUGACAUUCGAAGUGAAUGCUCAUGAAUUUAAAUCAAAGAACCUA